AUGGCAACAAUCAAAGGUCUCAACGCCCAUGAUCGCCCUCCGGAAAAAGUUCGCGAGGUCUAUAAGAAAUACCUGCGCAUCAAGAUGCCGGAAAUUGAUCAGGAUCCAGAAAUAAUUGAUUUGGAGAAAUUGGACGUGGAUAAUCUGCCCAGUCCAUAUGCCAUAUCCGGGUCCUUAGACAGUGCAGACCUUCGGCUGUCAUUCGACGAGUUUGUGGGCGUGCACAAGAACUCAUCGGGUGGAAAAGAUCACCAUGGGGGAGGUCUUAUUGAGGAUAUCCCAAUUUUGACACACAGCAAAGUAACGGGUCUUCAUAUGAUUCCCGCUUUGUAUCCACCAACGGUGCAAAGCAAGUUACUCGAUUUGAUGCUUCACCGGGAUCUUUCAAACCCCGAACAUCAAACAAAUUUACAUCUACAUUAUGACAUUGAAUAUCCUCAUGCAACCGGUCAAUCAGCGGAUAAACAGAAUGAAUCACCAAUCUCAUUCUUUGGUGCCGAUCCUACGACUACAUUUGCACCCAAAGAUCCUCACGUCCACAAACCCAUGACAAUACAAAAUAUGCUCGACAAAAAGCUCCGCUGGAUCACAUUUGGUGGUCAAUACAACUGGACGACAAAAGUAUACCCUGAGGGACAACCGCCUCCCUUCCCCGAGGAUAUUGCGCAUUUACUACGCGCCUCAUUCCCAGAGACAGAAGCUCAAGCAGCAAUUGUCAACUUCUACUCUGCCAAUGACACAUUUAUUGGUUGCGAUGCGCUUUUCAUGAUCAGCCAUGAUGACGGAGAAGGGUGCGAGGUUAUUCGACUUCGCUCCGGGGACGCGGUAUACAUGUCUGGUCAGUCGAGGUUUGCAUGGCAUGGUGUACCCAAGAUUAUACCCGAUACGUGUCCGAAGUGGUUGUGCGAUUGGCCUGGACCAGGGUACCCUUAUUGGCAGGGGUGGAUGGGUCGGAAGAGGGUGAAUUUGAAUGUUCGACAGAUGAUGGAGUCGAAUUAA